UUUGUCACAUCCAAAAUGGACAGGCAUUUUUUUGUCACUUGGCUGUUUUUUUCUUCACUACAAGUAUUUGUGGAACCUGCGGCACCUGAGAAUGCCAUCGAAAUCUACAGCCUGCAUGUGGACUGCAAAGUCACCUCACGAUAUGCCCACACAGUAAUCACCAGCAGAGUUGUCAACAGAGCGAAUGAAUCCCAGGAGGCUCUUUUUGAAGUGGAGUUACCCAAGUCAGCUUUCAUCACAAACUUUAGCAUGACAAUAGAUGGAGAAACAUAUCCUGGAAUAAUCAAGGAGAAGAAAUCUGCACAAGAUCAGUAUGAUGCUGCGGUUUCACAAGGACAGAGUGCUGGACUGGUCAAAUCAACUGGAAGAAAACUAGAACAGUUUCGUGUUUCAGUCAAUGUUGCAGCAGCUGCCAAAGUUAACUUUGAACUCACAUACGAGGAACUUCUAAAGCGAAAGCUGGGAAAGUACGAACUGCUGAUCAAGGUCAAGCCCAAACAACUUGUUAAACACUUUCAGAUUGAUACCCACAUAUUUGAACCACAAGGUAUAAGUGCACUGGAAACUGAGAGCACUUUCAUCACCAAUGAACUGAACAAUGCUCUAAUAAAGGUGCAGAAUGAGACAAAGGCCCACAUUUCAUUUAAACCAACCAUAGAUCAACAAAGAAAAACCCCUGGACUGGAUGACACACUGCUCGAUGGAGAUUUUCUCAUACGUUAUGAUGUUAAAAGGAGUGAGACUGCAGGUGAUAUACAGAUUGUUAAUGGAUAUUUUGUGCAUUAUUUUGCACCCAGUCAAAUGCCAGCAUUUCCCAAAAACGUGGUCUUUGUCAUAGACACGAGUGGAUCUAUGGGGGGGAAGAAAAUACGGCAGACAAAAGAGGCAAUGAAAAAGAUUUUGGAAGACCUUAAUCCUGAAGAUUACUUUAGCUUAGUUCUCUUUAGUGGAACUGUGAGGUUAUGGACUUCAUCUUUGUUGCAAGCUACAGAGGAGAACGUGGAACGGGCUAAACGACAUGUUGAGACCAUUUCUGCUGGAGGAACAACAGAUAUUAAUGGUGCUCUUCAGAAGGCAAUACUCUCACUGGACAAAGACACCACAGCUGAGCUAUUGCCAGACCAAAGCAUUUCCAUGAUAAUUUUGCUGACAGACGGUCAACCUACUACUGGUGAAACAAACAUUGAUAAGAUUCAAAGAAACAUACGGGAAGCUAAUGAGGGGAAGUACUUCCUCUACUGCCUUGGCUUUGGGUUUGACGUCAGCUACACAUUUUUGGAGAAGAUGGCUUUAGAAAAUGGGGGAGUGGCUCGCCGAAUAUACGAGGACUCAGAUGCAGCCUUGCAGCUCCAGGGCUUUUAUCAUGAGGUAGCUACGCCUAUCCUGAAAGAGAUUGAAAUGAAGUACCCAGACAAUGCCGUACUGGAAAUAACUCAGAACAAUUUCAAGUUGCUCUUUGAUGGCUCUGAAAUUGUUGUAGCUGGAAAGCUCGGCAAUGACGUUGAUGAUCUUCCUGUGGAAAUUAAGGCUAAAGGACAUGCCAGUGAACUUACUCUUAAAGAAGAGGCAAAUAUAAGAGAAAAGGAGCAAGUAUUUCAGCAUCAGAAAUACAUCUUUGGAAAUUUCAUUGAGAGAUUAUGGGCCUACUUGACAAUUCAACAGCUACUAGAAAAAUCUGCUUCAGCUGAUGGAAAACAGCAGGAAAACCUGGAAGCUCGAGUUUUGAACAUCUCCUUGAAGUUUGGAUUUGUUACACCCCUCACUUCCAUGGUGGUCACCAAACCUGAUGCUCAAGAGGUGGCAAACAAGCCUACAGAGGCAGAUAAUGAGAAUAUAAACACUGUUGCAGCUGGAACGUCUGGCAUGAAGAAAUCUUCUAGAAUUGUAGGAGGUAGCGAUCCUCGUGACAACUCCAGGAGAUAUCCAUUUUCAUUUCCAUCAAGAAGUAGAAUUGCAGAAGGGAAAUCCUUUUUUGGUGGCUUCUUCAAUUACCUAUUUGAUUCUCGAGUAGGACCAUCUAGGCGUUACUAUGACCAUCCCCAAACCGAUUUUGUUAUUACUGCUGCGCAAGGCAACGUUCAGUCUCUCCCAGACACUGUUAAUGAGUAUCCAAGUUUCAUUCUUCAACUGACUCAUGAAAAAAAUCCCAUUUGUUUAAAUAUCAAUGGACAGUUGCAAAUACCCAUAACCCUGCUAACUGAUGCAGGCAAAGGGAUCCAAGUGACUGGCAAGCUUGGAGAAAACAGAAAGUUUGUGGAGUUCAACGUAAUCUAUCAGACACCCAAUGUGCAAAUCAACGUGUCAAUGGGAGAAAUUAUACUGAAUGAUCAGGGCAAUGUGAGCUCUUUCCCAUGGACAAAGAAUGCAUCUUUAACAACUAGAGGGUUGAGCUUUCUUAUUGAAAAGGAAAGGAGUCUUUCACUAUCAGGACCAGAUGGUAUCACAAUACAAGUUUAUUAUAUGAAGAACCCUCUUAGUUUCCUUGGAUUGCACUUCAAGAAUAGUGAACUUUUUUCUAACAACAUUGCUGGACUUUUUGGUCAGUUUUACUCUAAUAAACGUCUUCAAAGACACAGCAAUAGAAAGAAGAUGUUGACUGUACGAGGACAAUCAUAUAGUUUCACAAGGCAAAACAAGAAAGAUUACAGGAUUGAACAGGGAGCCAAUGUCAAUUUUACCUGCUGGUCACUGGAUAUAACUCCUUGAAGAACAGCAUUUAAAGCAGUAAAAAUGUCCAUCUUUUGUAUUAAGUGUAACUAUUACAUUUCAUUUCAGUGAUAACUAUUAAAAUUGUAAAUGUUUAAUGCAGAAUUUUAAAUGUGGAGCCAUUAAAUCUAAUCAUCUAAUUGGACAAAUUUCAGGGCAGGCUUUUGUUUUGUUUUUUGCUAAUUUGGCAACACAGACAAGGAACAAAAAAUUAUCAUUUAUGGUUACUAAAAGGGAGGGAACCAGUUUGACAAAGACACUGUGUGGGGUGGGGUUGUACACGAUCUAUAAUACAGUUACUAAAAAUAUUCUGAAA